CUUAUUGCAUCACGUAGCAUCGUCUUUUCAUCAGUGACACUUACUUUAGUCAUGUCAAGUUCAAACAAGACAUUCGAUACCCUCACCGAAGACCUGAUUGAGAUCUUGGUUUCAUACCUUGAGCCAUUAGAUAUGGUCAACCUUGGUGCUACAUCCAAGAGGCUAUACAAGGAAAUCAACCAACCAACAGUUUGGGAGCACAAAGCAAUUGAUGAUUUUGGAGACAGAUUCACCAUCACAUCGAUUCUAAACUCUGCAGGAUUGGAUUUGGGCGAACAAAAUAAGUCUGAACCAACAGAUUGGCGUGAAUAUUAUAAGGAGAGACACCAGGCAAUAUCAAAAAUGAACAAGGACGGUGAUUCUCAGAUUGCACAGUCGGAAAAAGAUUAUGAGGAAGCACAGGAACUUUUGAGAGGCUUCCAAGCUUCUGGCGAGAUCGAGUCCUUGAGCAAGGCUGCACAAUUAAUGGUCGGAAUUCUAGAUAACUUUCCAGGCCAUGCUGGUUGCUAUCAUUUGCUCGGAUUCACUCUUUACGUACUGAACGAACUUGAGGAUGCUCUUUCACUCUUGGAAAUUGGCAGCAUGGUAGAUCCCAACUAUGAACCCAUCAAAGAACUUACGAAGGAAAUUCAUGCACUGCAGGAUGGAUAUGGUUCAACCAUGUCAGAUGCAGCACCUCUGUUAGAUAACGCCAAAGAAUUAUCGGCACCAUUAAAGGCAGCUUUGACAGCUAUUUUCAACUCAUUUGAUAAGGAUCGUGACGGGAGUCUUUCACCUACAGAGCUGUCGGAUUUUGUAUAUAGAACCAAUGGAAGUCGUCCGCCUACUGCCUUCCUAACUCAGAUGGGUAUUCAGUUUGGAAAGGAUGCCAAGGGCUACUUGACUUUGGAGGGCUUUUUCAAUUUCUUUUUGGAACAGACAUUAGAGGAUCCAAUCGAGACACGUCGAGACCUAGAGAGACAUGGAUAUGAUGGCGAUAGAUUGGUUCGUUGCGAUGUUGCUAGGAACGCAUAAGCAAAAAUAUAUCAUAGUAAAUAGAUAGAAGCAU